AUGGCGGCGGCGGCGGAGGCCAGCAGCGGCCGAUACCAGCAGUUGCAGAAUGAAGAAGAACCUAGUGAUAACCUUCAAACUGCUAACGAUUUCCCACCACCUUACAGCAGCAUUUCUGGAGAAAAUUCAGUGUAUUUUGACUACAAAGAUGAGGCUGGUUUUCCAAACCCCCCUUCUUAUAAUGUAGCCACAACAUUGCCUACUUACGAUGAAGCUGAGCGAACGAAGGCAGAAGCUACUAUUCCUUUGGUUCCAGGAAGGGAGGAGGACUUUGUGGCAAGGGAUGACUUUGAUGAUUCUGACCAGCUGAGGAUAGGAAAUGAUGGCAUUUUCAUGUUGACUUUCUUCAUGGCAUUCCUUUUCAACUGGAUUGGAUUCUUCCUCUCUUUCUGCUUGACUACCUCAGCAGCAGGAAGAUAUGGGGCCAUUUCUGGAUUUGGUCUCUCUCUCAUUAAGUGGAUCUUGAUUGUCAGGUUCUCCACCUAUUUCCCUGGUUACUUCGAUGGUCAGUACUGGUUGUGGUGGGUGUUCCUUGUAUUAGGCUUUCUCUUGUUUCUCAGAGGAUUUAUCAAUUAUGCAAAAGUUCGGAAGAUGCCUGAUUCAUUUUCCACUCUUCCUAGGACUAGAGUUCUCUUCAUUUACUAAAGACAGAUGUUUUCUGGCAACAUCUUCCUGCAUUAACGAAUCCUCCCUCAGAUAGUAAGUGGACACCUGCAGGAAGCAAAUCAAGAUUCUGAACACAGAAGAAGAAAAAUAAUCACCUGCUUUAAAAGAAAUAAACGUACUGUUAAAAAAAGAGAAGCAUUUCUUUCUAUUUGUUUCUAGAUGUAAAAUUUUAAUAGUUUAAUGCAAAACUCCUGUAAUCAUUGACUGAAUCAUUAGUGGCUAAUGUUUGAAAAUGGCUCUCGCAAUCAAGUCUGUGAUGUUGAUAAUAAAGCCUUAUAUAGUAUUUGUAGUCAUUUAAAUAGCAUGAGCUAUUGCCCUGUAGCCAGAAGGGGUCAGUCUUGCUUUUUGUUCUCCUUAAAAAUGAACUUUGAAUAUGUUCUCGUAAGAUAUGUAAUAAUGCUGGCCAUUGUGAAGGGAUGUCUUCAGAACUUUAGAAAAUUGUUUUGACUGUAUUUCUGCACAUAGUGUGUAUCUGCUGUUAAAAUAAAUUGAAAACAACCUGGAAGUAAAACCUACAUGCACAAUAUGAAUGUUUUAAAGGUAUGGUCCUGGAAGAAUGUUGUUAGGAGGGUGGCACAAGUAUUAAUGUUUGGUAGUAUGCAUUCUUAACUUUGCAGUACAUAUUACUUUGAUAUUGCUAAUUUUGAGUAGGGACCCUCACGUUGGUGGUGUCAAAGGAGAAGAUUUUGAUGCUGUAUUGUGUAAAAUCAGAAUGCACCACCAUUUGCAUUGGCGUUAGGACUCUGGAGGUAGUCUCUAACAUAGCUGUACUUCUGCUUUUUCUAAUUUCUGGUGCAGUUCAAUAUAGAUUAAUGUCCACUUCUGUGCUUUCUGCAAAGCAGUAAUUCAGAGUUUUAUUAUGUUAAAACUGUAAAUAUAGCAGAAUGUUAAUAAAUGCCACUUAUAUGA